AUGAACCUGCUGCGGAGAAUCGCCGUCGUGUCAUCGUCAUCAGCAUCUUCGUUGUCGCCGUCUUCAACCUUGAUAUCUCUUGCACCGAGGACACAGCUGAAGAGGAAGCGGUAUUUUAGCAGCACCAGGCCGAGCCUCCGACAACAACGGCAGGACACCCUCUCUACGCAGCAAAGACAGCAGGCCCCCGUUGUUGACAGAGGGGCAUCCAAGGUGUUUGGGAGCGCCGAUGAUGCCAUCGCGGACCUCCAGGACGGAAUCACCGUUCUGAGCGCCGGCUUUGGGCUUUGUGGCGUCGCGGAAACUCUCAUUGAUGCGAUUCGGAAGAAAGGACUUCGCGAUCUCACCGUCGUCUCCAACAAUGCUGGAGCGGGCGACUACGGUCUGGCGAAACUGACGUCCACGGGCCAGAUCUCGCGGAUGGUCGUAUCCUUCAUCGGCAACAACAAAUCGCUCGGCCAGCAAUACCACGACGGCCAGGUGGCCAUUGAGCUUUGUCCACAGGGUACGAUCGCCGAGCGCCUGCGCGCAGCGGGGGCCGGGAUCCCUGCCUUCUUCACAGCCACGGGAGCACGCACUCUGAUCGAGACCGGGGGCAUCCCGAUGCGUCUCGGACCCAAGGACCCUCAGACGGGCAAGCACGCCAUCGUGGAGCCGGGCCGGCCACGAGAGACACGCAUCUUCGACGGCAGGACGUACAUGAUGGAGACGGCGCUCCGGGGGGACGUGGCGAUCGUGCGCGCCUGGAAGGCUGACGAGGCGGGCAACUGCAUCUUCCGCUCGACCACCAAGACAUACGGCGUGCUGAUGCCCAAGGCCGCCAGGAUGGCCAUUGUCGAGGCCGAGAACAUCGUGCCUGUCGGAUCCCUGGACCCGGACCACGUCGAUCUACCCGGCAUAUACAUCGACCGCAUCUGCCCCGCGACCUCUGCCAAGCAUAUUGAGAAGCUCGUCCUCGCAUCCACCAUGGAGCACGCCGCAGCCGAGCAAAGCCCCGAGGCGGCCAAGCGCAACCGCAUCGCCAGACGCGCGGCCAAGGAACUGAAGGACGGCUACUACGUCAACCUGGGCGUCGGCAUUCCCACGCUGGCGCCGUCGUUUCUCCCAGCCUCGACCAAGGUCUGGAUACAGUCUGAAAAUGGUCUCAUCGGGAUGGGGCCGUACCCGUCGUCGCCCGAGACAGCGGAUCCAGACACGGUCAACGCGGGCAAGGAAGCCGUGACGCUGGUGCCGGGCGCCUCGACUUUCGACUCGGCCGAGUCCUUCGGCAUGAUCCGCGGUGGCCACGUCGAUAUCUCGAUUCUCGGCGCCCUCCAGGUCUCUGCCCAGGGCGAUCUGGCCAACUACAUCAUCCCGGGAAAGGCCUUCAACGGCAUGGGCGGCGCCAUGGACCUCGUGAGCAACCCGGACAAGACAAUGAUCAUUGUCUGCACCUACCAUACCGACAAGGACGGGCGAAGUAAGAUUGUGGAGGAGUGUGACUUGCCGCUCACGGGUAAGGGGGUCGUGAGCAUGAUCAUUACCGAGUUGGCCGUCUUCGAAGUCGAUAGGGCCGGCGGCAAGGGGUUAAUCCUGAAGGAGACGGCCAAGGGUGUCACUGUAGAUAUGGUCAGAGAGAAGACGAGCGCAAGAUUCACGGUGGCCGAGAACUUGGGAACGAUGGAAUGA